AUGGCGGCUGCCGACAGACCUCGUCCUCCUUCCGCCGCUGCCCGGUCCCCCCAGCAGCCAGGAGAGGCGGAGCGGCCUGCCGCGCACAUGGCGGCGCUCAUCUUGGCCCGCGGGGGCAGCAAAGGGAUCCCGCUGAAGAACAUCAAGCUGCUGGCCGGAGUGCCGCUGAUUGGCUGGGUACUGAGGGCAGCCCUCGACUCCGGCGUCUUCCAGAGCGUCUGGGUUUCCACGGACCACGAUGAAAUUGAGAAAGUGGCCAAGCAGUUUGGGGCGCGAGUCCAUCGAAGGAGCUCUGAAGUGUCCAAAGAUUCCUCGACCUCUCUGGAUGCCAUCGUGGAGUUUCUUCAGUACCAUGAUGAGGUGGACGUCGUAGGAAACAUCCAAGCCACCUCUCCAUGCCUGCAUCCCACUGAUCUGAUCAAAGUGGCCAGGAUGAUUCAAGAGGACGGCUUCGACUCUGUCUUUUCUGUAGUAAGGCGGCAUCAGUUUAGGUGGAGCGAAAUAAAAAAAGGAGUGUGCGAGGUGACGAAACCCCAGAACCUGAACCCAGCAAAACGUCCCCGGCGGCAAGACUGGGACGGGGAGCUUUACGAAAACGGAUCCUUUUACUUUGCCAAACGGUCGCUGAUCGACAAACGGUAUUUACAGGGCGGGAAAAUGGCUUAUUACGAAAUGCGGGCUGAACACAGCGUGGAUAUCGACGUGGACAUUGAUUGGCCGAUCGCAGAGCAAAGGGUCUUGCGGUUCGGCUAUUUCGGAAAAGAGGCCCUGAAGGAGGUGAAAUUGCUUGUUUGCACUAUCGACGGAUGCCUGACCACCGGUCACAUCUACGUUUCCGAAGACGGGAAAGAGGUCCUUUCUUACGACGUCAGGGAUGCCGUCGGGAUUAAUUUGUUACGGAAAAGGGGCGUUGAAGUGCGGCUGAUCUCCGAAAGGGACUGCUCUCCCAAAACGCUCUCCGCCAUGAAGCUGGGCUGCUCUGUGGAAGUCGGCGUGGCCCACAAGCUGCCCGUCGUCGAGAAAUGGAGGGCAGAUCUGAACUUGUGCUGGAAGGAAGUGGCGUACUUAGGAAACGAGGAAUCGGACGUGGAGUGUUUGAAGAAAGCCGGCAUGAGCGCGGUCCCCGCCGACAGCUGUCCGGCUGCGCAGAAAGCCACAAACUACAUUUGCAAAUGUAACGGUGGCCGUGGUGCGAUCCGGGAGUUUGCUGAGCACAUAUUCCUCCUGAUGGAGAAGGUGAAUUCAACUGGAAAGAAACCGUGA